AUAUCACACCAGCUGGAACAUUCCAACUCAAUCUUUCCGCUCUACAUAUUCGGCACGUGUUUUUUUAAUAUUAUAACAAAGUUUUCGAAGCAUGCUUCAAGGUUAAAUAGAUAAUGAGUGAAAAAAUGUACAGGAAAAGUGAGCGAUAAAAGACUUCGAACCGAUAUUCUUUUGUCCAUAUACACAGUCAUUCUUUGCACAACGGGGAUCGCUAUCACGUGUAAGAUCGAAUUGGAUAUCGACAAGCGACAAACACGUAAUAGGCUUGUCGGCAUCGAAUUCGAUCGUACGUAAGCGCGUGCGCACUAAAGACCGCUUGUGCCAAUUCAAGUCAGAAAAGAAUAGUUUUUUAUUGCGAUUCGACUUUUUCCAGCUGAGAAUUCUUCGCACGUGAAAAAAAUGCCAAAUUCAUUAUAACUUAACCUUUCUGUGGAACAAAUCCGUUGGGCAGCAUUGAAUAGAAAAGUUUCGCAUUUUUUUGCAUUCUUUGUCAGGUCCACUGCCCUGAUUAUUAUUAUCAGUUCAUGAAACGUGCAAGAAAUCUUCCUGAAAUCUUCCUCUACCGUGUGAUUUGUCUUUAGUACGUUCGUGUUUUUUUUGUGAACGUAAAUUUUGUUAAAAAAAAACUUCUGGACAUGAUUGUUGAAUCUAGCAAAAAGGAUAAUCCUCUGCUGACGUAUAUAGAUCGAUUGCCAGGCCCGAAUCGUAUAUUCAUAAAAACCAACUGUCUACACAGAAAACAGAGUAUAGAAAUUCAACUGAUCGUGAAUACUCAAUUAAAUUCAUCGUUACUAUUAUAUACAACACGUAAUAUCACAUAUCUAAGCACUUGGAAAAAUAAAAAAAAAUUCUCUUCACUCGUUAUACGAACAAUUGGGUUCAACGGUGAUAUCGGCUGCAAUUUUAUUUUUUCACAUUGAAAGAUUUUGCUACGGUUAUGAAAUUACUUGAUCGAAUGCUGGGCUUGCCAGAUGAAUAUCGAAUCUUCCAACCGAUGAAUAGCGAUAAUAAUUGAUAUUAACUGUUUGUGUACAAAGUCUGUCCAAAAAAUUGAGGUUAAGAAAAAGCUGCGAUCCCGAGAAUUAUAUAUCCGAACAAUUUGUAGGCAGCGUUCGCAAAUCAAGCGUCACAUUUUUUCCGUCGACAUCGAAUGAUCGUAUGCUUGUCUGAUAAUGAGAUUCUCCCACUACCCAUUUUUCUCCUGCUUCAAAUUAAUUUGAGAAUACUUUUGACGAAUAUACACUUUGAGUUGUUUUUUCAAAUAGACAGUAGGCUAAGGUACGCUUACGUUAUAUUCUAAGCAAAUAAAAUGUACGACGAACAGACGCAGAUCCUCAAUAAAAAGCCAGGGACAUCGAUACCUGUGUCACAGUUGCUAAAAUUUUUGAAAUGAGCACACGACGAAAAAUGGCUCGAAUUAUUCGGUGGUCCGUAAUAUUUGCACUGUUGUUCGUAGUCAGUGCGUCUGAAUUCGAUGAAGACGAAGCCGAAGACAAAAAUCCUGUGGUCAUACCACUCCAAUCAACCAUCGUUUCUCCCGAAAUCUUCAACGUAACAGCAGAUGCUAAAAAACUAAGGGAAGCAUUGAACAACCCCUCUAAUUUCUUGGAUACACUGCUGUCUCUUUUCACAAAACGCACCUCCGUACAGCGCGAAAAGAUUAUUUACAAAAUUAAUCAAUUAUAUGGAAACGAAGUAUUGUUUAAGGUACUGCUGCCUCUGACGUCCAGUGAAGAAUUCAAAGAUGUCAUGUCUGCAGUAUUAUCGUCACCCAUAAUACUGUACUCGAUGGAAUUGAACGAAGCCCUUUACUAUAGCGAUGAAUAUACGAUUCUUGAAGUUUUGCUCUCCAUGGACAAACGUACUCGUGAUGCAACCUUCGAAGAAUACGAAUCUCAUUAUGAUACGACGUUCAUGGAACAAUUCAACCAAAUGAACACCACGAACGAGUUCAAGGAAAUCGUUUACAUUCUUUGCAAUGACACAAGAGACGAGAGUUUCGUCGUAGAUCAAGAAAAUGCAGUGAACGUUGCCAAAGUAUUGGUGGGGAUGUUGGAAGGCCCUGAAGAGGCGAAUUUGACGUUACUCAAUUCAAUUUUGUUGGAAACAAAUGCUGCACAAUUACAAACGAUAAAUCGUGAAUAUAUGAAACUCACGGAGCACACAAUCAGAGCAGCGGUGGAUGAAAAAUUUCCGGGAUUAAAUGGAGACUUCUAUGACAUUAUUGUCAGAUUCAUCAUAAAUCCGCAUAGAUAUUUCGCCGACGUAUUGAACGAUGCGAUAGACGAGGAUGACCUCGAUUUGCCAACGAUCACUCGCAUUAUCAUUGGAAGGUCCGAAAUUGACCUUGGUACCAUAAUAAUGUACUAUUAUCGUAGGUACUCGCGUUUUUUGGCGGACGAUUUGUCGUAUAUCUUUGACGGCUACUACCUAAAGCUGUUGCUCGGGUUCCUCGGCUAUUACAUCGACAGCUAGAACACGUCAUUGGAGUGGAAAUUUCGACGGGAGUGCGUGGACCAGUGAAGAUGAAAAAACGAUGAAGAUUCUGUGAAGAUGUUUCAGGAAUAGCGAUCGAUGCUUUUCAACUCUUCUUCGAGCCCAGAUUCUGUAGUUUUUGAAAAAACUCGAUGCAAGAAAACCAAUCGAUGUAAUUUUUAAGCAAAUCCACCAGUCUCUUUUCUUCUAUUUUUAGUUACAAUAUUUUUGUCUGCACGAGUGUAUAACAUAAUCGGUAGUUUUAAAACCUGGCGAUGCGGGGAGGGGAAUGGAGCAGUGAGCAGGAUAUUCGAACGAUACGUGAAUGAAUCGAAAGGUGUGUGUGUGUGUGUGUGUGUGUCGAGUGCACGGGAUCAGAGACCCCCUCUGGGCUUCAGCGUUCCCACGAGAAAGGAAUGUGGCUAAGGGCUGACCAAACUGGUUGCGCUGUUGCUAUAUAAACUCAGGACACGACGUUAUACCGGUUGCUUCGAGUGAGCGUUUUUUCCUCUCCUUUUUUCCCAGCUUUUCUUAUUUCUUUUCGACGAUCAUUGUUUUUCUCUCUUUUUUCUUCAAUUCCUACGUUCUCCGGCGUACUUGAAGAAAAAGCAAAGAGCAGGAAUGCGCGCUCGUUUCGAAGGGCACAACGCCGUACAGUUGCUCUUCGUUCUCUUUUCCUGGGGAUAAAUAUUUCUGCUGCUGCUGCUGCUGGUAUAUCCUGCAAAGUACUUGAGCACUGGAACGGAAGAAAAUCAAUGUUCGAAAGUUUAAAAUGGAAAAAGGUUGCUGAAAAUCCUCGGAGCAUCGUCGCUCAAUGACAAAACACGCUCUUAUUAUUUGACAGUUUAUUUCAACUUAUAAUAUUGUACAUUUUCUUAUAUAUAGAAAAUGCUUAGCGAAAAUAAUGAAUUAAAAUAAUAUUGAACAUAAACGAAAAAAAAUCGAAGAAAAUGACGAAAAAUUGUGAUUUUCGCUAAGCCUUUAUGAAAAUGCUAUACAAUGUGUGUGUGUGUGUGUGAGUGUGGGGGGAGGUUUUUGUACGAUGUUGAGGAGCAUCGUGAUACAGCAAAAAACAUAUCGUCCGGGCCAAAAAAUUCAAUUAAAAGCCCCUCUCUGUCUCUUUCGUUUCCCUCCAUGUAAAAAACGUGCCAAUAUCGAAUCUCGAGGGUUCUCAAUAUCAACGAUUAUUCUUCAGCCAUUUUUUAUCGAUUUUCCAUCAGUUUCCCGACAAAGCCGGUCGUUCCACCUUCCAGCAAAUUUAAACGUGACGUAUAAGAGCAUUUUUGAAGCUUUGUGUCUGGAAACUUCGUUAAAAGCCUGUAAAAGCUUUUAGGAGCAAUUAACCUGAGCAAGCUUCAUUGAAAGUCUGUAAAAGCCUUUCGAUCUCCAAAUCGAAUAAGUCCGAAAAAACACAGCAACGAGCUUCAGUUAAAAUUGGCAAGAAGAUGGAGAAAUUGGUUGAAAAAUUCCUUUUUUUCGAUGCUUUUCAGUUUCGUUUUCACUCAUAUACGUUGAUGCGAACCACUCGACAGUCGCGCACCAAUAGAGGUCUGCGACAAAUUUCAUCAAAUAAAACAAACAAACAAAAAAUUGUCUCUUUUUAUUUCGCAUAAGAUUUUCCGGUUUAUAUUCUUUCUAAAAUUUCUUAUUCUGCCCCAAUUGCAUAUUCUUAUCGAUCUAUUCUAGCUUUUCGUAUCAAACGUUCUUUGCUCUUGAACGAAUCGAUCGUUUUUUUUUUUUCAGAACGUAUAAUUUUGACACGUUCUUCUUUACACAUCGAUUUUUGAGCUCUCUCAGCUAUAAUUACAAGUGUUUUCUCAUCACGAGACGACAAUAGUAUAAUUUUUGUAUAUAUAUGUGGGUGUGUACGUGUGUGUAUGUAAAAGCUGGCCCGGACGAUAGAGAAACUAGAUUUAUUGAUAUGAUUCUGCAAUCUAUUUAUUUACGUGUCCAACAAUUGUUUCGCAGUUACCUAUCUCAUUAAAAAUCUAUUUAUUAUUUAAAAUAAACGAAAAAUAAAAAAUAAACAAAGAAAAGAAGAAAAAAUCGUGGGGGGAGAGAAGAGAAUUUUCGGCAGUUUCUCGGCCGUUCGAGCAGGUUUCAUUCUUAUUUUGUUUCUUUCUCCCAAAUUGUAAAUACGCUAACCCUAACCCCCAUGAAUAUGAUUAUAACUGAUGUACGAUUUGUUUUUCGAGUGAGUUUAUCAAAAUUCGUCAAAAGUGAAGGAUCCUUUUUAUCUUUGUUUCUGGAGCGAUCAUCACUUUUCCACGUUUCGUUAUUCCGUGGGGAAUUAAAAAAGAAAUUUGUUUUUUUUUUUUUUUUUUUUAAAU